AUGGCUACCUUCAAAAGUACUCCUCAAACAACGUUGCCUGCUACAAGUGAACCUCUGAGCGAAGCUGCAAAAUUUUGGAAAACACACCUCAAUCCGGCCACUGUUUACAAAGAGCUGAGCGCCAUCAAUUCGAUCGAUAUCAAUCAGAGAGGGGAAAUUCUCACUACAUCAUCAACGCGAAUUUCGCUAUAUGAAGCUGCAAACUUGCAAGUGAAAAGAUCAUUUUCUACCUCAAAUCACACUCUACUGUACAAUGGAACUUUUCGCCAGGACAACGCAAAGAUCUUUGCUUCUGGAUCAAGUGAUGGAAUCGUCCGAGUUUGGGACGUUAAAAAGAGCAAGCCGCUUCGACUUCUGGGAACCAGCGAGAAAAGCAAAUCGAAAAAGCACACUGCUGCUGUACACAGAGUCAACUUUAACGGAAUAAAUCAGCUCUUUAGUUGCGGUGAUGACAAAACCAUUAAGCUGUGGGACAUAACUGAAGACAGCGUUCUCCGGUCGUUCGGUGUUGGCAACACACACGAUGACUACAUCCGAGCAUCAUGUUUUGUUGACUGCAUGUCAUCCUUCGUAUCCGGUUCAUACGAUCAUACAGUCAAAGUGUGGGAUCACCGAGCUCCUCAAAGCUGCACCUUCCAGUUCAACCAUGGCGCGCCGGUUGAAUCGGUAACCUCUCGUGACUUUAUGGUCAUUUCAGCGGGCGAUACUACCAUCAAGAUAUUUGACUUGGUAGCAGGCAAAGUAAUGAAGUGCAUUGAGAAUGCCCAUCAUAAGACCAUCACCUGUGUGCACAAUAAAGAAAACUAUCUACUUAGUGCUUCCAUAGAUGGCUACUUGAAGGUGUUCGACAUAAAUCUAGACGUAGCCGCUUCCUUCUCCUACGUGCCUUCUCAACUCUUAUCCUGCUGCUUCAACGGCUCUUCAUUAGCUGUCGGUGCAAGUGAUGGAAUUCUUUCAGUAAAUCGAAUUAAAGGCAUUCCGAAAGCUCGCCUGCCGGCAAAUCUCCACGCUGACGAUGACGCAGCAGACGAAUUCUUUUUCGACAGUAUACCAUCUCGGAAAAAGCAGAAACUCAACGUCGGACAGGCAGUAGUGGUGAAUGCUGGUAAAAAACAAAAAAUUUUGGAAAAGCACGAAGAACUUUUACGGAAGUUUAAGCACACUACCGCUUUGAAUCGUGUGCUAAGAGUCUAUGCAAAGAAUGAGCCUCAAAUAGUAGUCAAUUUUAUGCAAGAGCUGAUCCGCCGAAGUGCACUUAAGAACGCCCUUGCCGGAAGACCAGACAACCAGCUAAAGUUCAUCAUGGCCUUCCUCACUCAGCACCUGAGUGAUCCUCGGUUCAGUCGCAUCCUCAUUGACGUCUCACUGGCACUCGUCGAAGUGUACACCACUCAGAUCAAUCGAUCCAGUGAAAUUCAGGCCGUAUUCAAGCAUCUCAGUCAGACUCUAGCCAGUGUGAUAAGUGCUCUAACGGAGAUGACUAAAAUAUCCGGGCAGUUACAACUGAUAAUAAAUUCCCAAGUGUUAUAA